AUGAGCAACAUUGGUGAAUCACGUACGGAUCUAUUGAACUGGCUAAAUGAACUGUUGCAAUUAAAUUAUAGAAAAAUUGAAGAAUGUGGUACAGGUGCAGCAUAUUGUCAAAUUUUUGAUUCUAUAUACGGAGAUGUACCUAUGCACAGGGUUAAAUUCAACGCAACAGCUGAAUACGAUUUUCAAACUAAUUAUAAAAUAUUACAAAGUUGUUUUACAAAGCAUCAAAUUGAGAAAACUGUGUAUGUCGAUAAAUUAAUAAAAUGUAGGUUUCAAGACAAUCUCGAAUUCCUGCAAUGGACAAAAAGAUUUUGGCUUCAGAAUAAAGAUGAGGCCCCUUAUGAUCCUAAUUCUCGCAGAAAAUUUAAAUCGACUAUUUCUAGUACUCCAAAUACAUCUAACAAUGGUGUAAUUAAAAACAAAAAAAGCACAUAUGGUUUAUCAGCUUCAUCUAAUGCUGCUAAUAUAAUGGGUUCUAGUAGAGUGUCAUCGUUUGGUGCAUCUAGAAAAGCUUCUAGUGAGCAGCUAUUGAGUUUGCAAACCGAAUUAUCAAACUCACACAUGAAAAUUACUAACUUAAACGAUGAACUAACUAAUUACAAAAAUUCAUUAGACAUAAUGGAAAGAGAACGUGCCUUUUACUUUGGAAAGUUAAGAGAUAUUGAAAUUCUUGUUCAAUCAACAGAAGAUUUAAUAAAAGAAGGCAUUUACAAUGCUAAUUCUAAUUCAAAUAGUGAUGAGUUAUAUAAGUUCAUCAAAAAGGUUCAAAAAAUUCUAUAUGCAACUGAAGAAGGUUUUGAAGUUAAUGAUGGAGAUGAGGGUAGAAUAGAGGACAAAUACGCUACUUCUAGUGAUCAGCGUCAUCAAAGCGCAUCUAAUGAUGUAAUUAAUAAUAAUGCUAAUGAUAACGACAGAAAUAAUGAACAGCUUGGGCUAAUGCCUCCAGCAAGCAUGGGGACUGAAAUUGAUACCACAAAUUUAGCAUCACAAAAUUUAAUUAUAGAUGAAGAAACUUUCUGA